AUGACAUACGAGCACCGCUUCGAAAUCGAGUGCCUCGAAUGCGGCAGCUGUGAUCUCCGCUAUGCCGAGGACGAUCACGUGGACGUCACCGUCUAUGAGUGCAUGGAUCAUGCUACGGGGAAGUUGUACCAGAAGGCGAUCCACACCCAUCGGAGCGACUUCAACAAGAAGCGCUGGCGGCACACGGCCCGGUGCCGCCCGGGUGGCUACAACUGCAUCGGCAUCCCUUUGGCCGCCGGCCUCUUCUUGGCCAUCACCGGCAGACCAUUGGCUCCCUUCGUGUCUGGAUUCGCCAUGGCACUCUCUUCCGUGUCUGUCGUCUCGUCGUCGCUGAUGUUGCGCCGCUAUCGCCCUCCCGCUUUCACACAGCGCCCCGGAUCUUCUAGCUUCUGCCAGCGCCUGGCGGAGAAGAUCGGGGCGCGACCUCGCACAGAAAUCAUGGACGAGCGUGAAGCCCAGCGCAGUGGCAUGCGGGCGCUGAUGUUGCAAGGUAUGAUGGAGAGCUGCGGAGCACUCACGGGAGCAAACUGCGCCUGCAAUCCUUGUGACUGCCGACGAUGCGGCCAGAAUUCUCUGUCGCAGGUGAGCACCGCAGCGCAUUCUCCGCACGGUAGCGAAGGCCACUGA